AUUUCGCGCGAGCGCAGCCGCAAUCGCGCGUGGUCGCAUUAAAACGCGCACUUUUCCUAUAAGCCGCAACUUCUCGCGCAGUGCAGCGCUAGAAGAAGAAAAAAAAAAUUCUACGAUUUUCGGGAAAACGAAACUGCCUAAAGCCGGCCUUGGAGGGUUGAACAUGUACCGUAGCAGUACGUUGGUACAUCGCUGCUCUUUCCACACUGUGCAGUUUGUUGCCCCUCGAUCUCGCAUCUGUUAUCAUUUCUGUACGGUGUGAUUGUUCACCCGUGGCCUUUCGCUACCGGUACACUCGUCCCGUUCCAUCCUCCGGACGCCGUAGCUGUAGACGUGCUACGGAGAGCUACGCUUCGCAUCGUCGGCAACGAACAUGACACUCUGCCGGUCACUCGGUCGUGUCUUGCUGCUUCCUUCGAGGAGACGUCUUGGGGACGUCAGCUUCGGCUCCCGAAGAACGAUGAGCGACUCUCGGAAACUACUCGUACGAGACUUUGCUCGUCUCCAAGCCCUGCGAAGCACGUCUUUCAGGUCGAGAUGAACAGACCCGACAAACUGAACGCCAUGAACGCAGCCUUCUGGGCGGAACUUCCAGCAUGUUUUCAGCAGCUGCAGAAUGACCGAGAGUGUCGUGUCGUCGUUGUCAGCGGUUCUGGACGAAUCUUCACGGCUGGUCUGGACCUGGCUAGCAUGGCAGGAAGUCUUGGGACGCAGUCAUCUGGUGACGAGGAGCCCGAUGUGGCCAGGAAGGCGCGCCACCUCCAUGGCCUGAUCAUCAAGUAUCAGGAGACCUUCACGUCUAUAGAAAAGUGUACGAAGCCCGUGAUUGCAGCCGUCCAUAACGCUUGCAUCGGUGGAGGGGUCGACAUGAUCACAGCCUGUGACAUCCGCUACUGCACCAGCGACGCCUAUUUUCAAGUCAAGGAAGUUGACCUUGGCUUGGCUGCAGACGUCGGCACGCUGCAGAGGCUUCCGCGGGUCAUUGGCAGUGCCAGCCUUGUCAACGAGCUCGUCUUCACGGCUCGAAAGAUGCAAGCCGCGGAGGCUCACCAGGCAGGUUUGGUGAGCCGAGUGUUUCCGGACAAGGCCCAGAUGAUGGCUGCGGCUCUGGAUUUGGCCAAGCAGAUCGCUUCCAAGAGUCCAGUAGCUGUGCAGGGCAGCAAGGUGCACCUCGUCUACUCCAGGGACCACGGCGUCAACGAGGGCCUUCGCUACAUGGCUUGCUGGAACAUGUGUAUGCUGCAAUCUGAGGACCUAAUGAAGUCUGCCAUGGCAUUGAUGGCGAAGGAAAAAGAACCACCCAAGUUUUCUAAUUUGUAAAAUGGUCGAUGUGAUGUUGUUUAGCAUUAUACACUUACACAGACACAUAUAUAUUCAAAUGUGUGUGCUUUUUUUUUUUUUACAUACAGAAGGUGCCUUACGAAGAAUUUUAGGCAGUUCUCAUGUUUGUGUCGCAAGAAAAAUGUUUUAUAAACUGAGCAAUGUAUCUGUCUUGGUGUGGUCACUCAGUGGUAAGUACGAAGGUUUACCACAAGUAGUUAUUUGAAUUACAAACCUAAAAUAAAAAAAUGUGCUGUUAAAAA